AUUUUCCCCGCCAUAUUUUUUUAAUAUUUUUAUUGUGUAGCGACAACCGGCUGCAUCUGAAAGUGUGAAAGUAACACACACGUUGCAUUAUGAAGGGACCAACAGCAGAUCGCUCAAGAGGUGCCAUCGUACGCAUCAAGCUCGAUAAUUUUAUGAAGUACACUCACAUGGAAUUAACACCAGGGCCGAGUUUGAACGUAAUCGUCGGCACGAAUGGCUCUGGAAAGUCGUCUCUGGUUUGCGCCAUAUGUCUGGGUCUCUGCGGAACGCCGCAGAUGGUCGGGAGAGCUUCCCAUGUUGCGGACUACAUAAGACACGGAGCGGACACAGCUGUGAUUGAAAUAGAAUUGUACAACCCCACGGACAGGAAUAACAUUAUAGAGCGACAGAUAUUCAGCAACAACAAGUCAGUUUGGAAACUGAACUCGAUAGUGGUGCCACAGAAAACUGUCGAAGCCAAAGUUGCAGAGUUGAACAUUCAGGUAGGGAACCUGUGCCAGUUCCUACCCCAGGACAGGGUAGCAGAUUUCGUUCGAAUGACAAAGCAAGACCUUUUGGAGGGUACCGAACGUGCUGUGGGCCCGAGACACAUGCUGGACAUGCACCAGCAACUCAUAAGUUUACAGUGCAAGCACGAGAAGUUGGACGCUGCACUGCGCAGCCAGCAGGGGCGACUGGAACAAGAUAAGCAAAAGAAUUCUCAGCUUGAUGAAGAAAUGAAAAAGUUUCAGGAGCAUCGCCAAGCCCAGAAAAAAGUGGAAUUGUUGCGGCAGAAGCUCGCAUGGGUGGACUACGACAAGACCAGGGAAAGAUACCUUCAGGAGAAAACCAGCCUGAGAGAAGAGGAGAAAAAACUUGAUGCAGCAGAGCAGCAGCACCGGCCACUGCGCGAAAGGCUUCAUGCUCUCGAUAAGCAGCACUCCGAGCUUGUGCAGAAAGACAAGACAUUGAAAGCAGAAGCUGCGGCUGCUGUGAAAAAGAUUGAAAGUGCAUUAAGGACCUACUCAGAAUUAACCGAGGAGUCGGCCACUGUCAAGAACGAUUUGCAGCGUAAAAUUGAAGAGGAAGCAAGUCGAAGCGAAAGAAUAAAAAAGUAUGAAAAUGACAUUGCUGAGCUGGAGAAGGAACUUACAGGAUCUGCCACUCAAGAGCUUGAAGAAGAGCUAAAGCAGGUGCAGCAGACACUGACAUCCCACAACAAGAACCUGAAUGAGAUCUGCCACAAGAGGGGACUUGCAGAAUCGUACAUCAGUGACCGGCGAAGGGAAGCUAUCUCUAUCGAUCACGAGAUGAAGAAAAUGAAGGACCUGUCAAAUCAGAGAAUGGAGAUCUUGCGACGAAGACAUAGAGACGCGUACGAAGCUGCCGUGUGGCUUCAGCAAAAUGAAAACCGCUUUCGGGGGAAAAUUUAUCCGCCUAUAAUGACGCAGAUAAAUGUGCACGAUCCAGCGAAUGCUAAGUACGUCGAAGGCCAGAUAGCGUGGAAGGAUCUUAUGGCCUUUGUUGCUGAGAAUUCUGAAGACCUUAAUAGUUUCUUGGGAACCAUGCGUGACGACCGAAAUCUCCGCAUCAAUGGGGUUGUUGCUCCUACCACCCCAUUAGAGAGCUUUCAUCCACACUUGCCACUUGAACAAAUAAAGCGCUGGGGAUUCCACAGCUACCUGUCCGACUUGUUUACCGCACCUCCAGAAAUCAUGCGUUACCUGUGCUCAUUGUAUCAAGUUCACAAUGUACCUGUUGGUACACAUACGACCGAGAAGUACGUGGAGGACGUAAAACAUAGCGGUCUGCGACGUUUCUACACGCAGGAUCAGAGCUACAAUGUGAAGGUAUCCCGCUAUGACCGAUCAAGGGUGUUGACUAUGUCAUCUGAGGUUCGGAAUCCUUCCUUACUUAUUGUAUCUAUCGAUACAACCAACUUGGAAGAGCUUGAGCAAAGGCGUGAGGAGAUCGCGGCAGACAUCAGCAGCAAGACGGCAGAAAUUCAAGGCAUUUCAGGCCAAGAGAAGAAGCUAACUGAGCUGUUAGAAAAGUGUCGUUGUGAAAAGAAGCGUGUUAUGACUGAAAUAGCAAGACGGCGGCAACUGACGGUGGUUCUCGAACAGAAAAAACGGGGUCUUCAGGCAAUCCAAAAAGACAGCAUGGACUUGGAGAGUGAACGAGAAGCUACCAAGAACAAGUUGAAGGAAGUUUGCGUGUCUAAAAUGAGUGCUGUUAAUCAAGUCAUCAAAGCUCUUCAAAAAUCAUUCAAACGGCAUCAUGUCUGCAUUGAGCACGUCCUGGACGUCGAAAAAUCUGCUGCGGACAAGAAGAAAGUAACCGCUCAACUCAAAGACGCUGAGGCCUCCUUCAGAACACUUGAGGCUGCAGUUCGUGACACACGCGAUAAAGUCCGAGGCAUCAAGCUCGAAGCCCAGCGGAAGUUGAGUGCUGCUCAGCAAGCAAUCGGAUGCCAGCAAACUGUCCACGAAAUCCCGCAUGCGCUUGCACAGGAGUUUCGUAAGCUUCCCAAGACAGCGGAUGAAAUAGAGCGACUCAUCCACAAGGAACAGGUCAAGCUCAACUGCAUGUUGCCCGUGGACGCUUCUCUCGAACAAGAGUACCAGCAGCGGAAAAAGAGCAUAGAACAGCUGGAGAAAGAGCUGUCAUCCAGUGAAGCUCAGCUGAUUUCUACAAAAGAGGAAAUGGAAGAUAUACAGUCCAGAUGGCUUCCCGAGUUGGAACGACUGCUUGAACGGAUCAACACUGGCUUUGUACGAUUUUUCCGAGCCCUGGGAUGCGCAGGCGAGGUGAGCCUCUAUCGUGGUGAGCGGCCCGACAAAUACGACCAGUAUGGAGUGUGCAUCCGGGUUAAGUUCCGUGACCACGAGGCACUCACCGAGUUGUCGGCAGCACACCAAAGUGGUGGCGAACGUAGCGUUGCCACAGUUCUCUACAUGAUGGCGCUGCAGGAGCUGACGAGCGUCCCAUUCCGUUGUGUUGAUGAGAUAAACCAGGGUAUGGACUCUGCAAAUGAGCGCAGGGUGUUCGAAAUGAUUAUGAACACUGCUCUAAAGAACUCUGCGCAGUAUUUUCUGCUGUCCCCAAAACUGCUGCCAGAUCUUCCAUAUGCAGAAAACGUGACAAUGAUCUUCAUUGCCAAAGCCCAAAAUGGCAUACCAGACUGGGACCCAAACAAAGUGAGAGGAACUGGCGUCGGACUUGCAAGUGCUAUUAAGAAAGUUAGGCUCUGAUAGAGUCAUCUGAACAAUGAUACAAAGUUCCUAUGGUGACAUGUUUGUACAUAGAGUGUAGAUUGGUUGUGCAAUCUACUAUCCAAGAACUAUCUGCUAGAGCUAUUUUUAUUUCUCGAGUGCCUUGGCAUUGCAUGUGACAGUACUUCCAAUGUCUGUUGUGCAAAGCUUCGAGAAAGUCCAGGAAGUCUACAAACUGUCAUGUAGUAGAUGAGUAUUCAGUUUACCAAUUUUUUAAUGGCAUCUUAUAAUAAGGAGUGCAGGUGUCCUUAGCCCCACAAGGACACUGGCUCCUGAAAGCUUGCAGGUCAUAACUUGGACUUGAGAGCAUAGUAUUAGUGCCGGCGUCAUGCUUUUGGCCAUCUUAUUCCACAUUUAGCAUACGCACUGUGUUUGUGUAACUAGUGCAAGUCGAGUACUGUGUCUUUUAUAAUUCAUAUGCAUACAGUCGUAUCAACAAAAGCUCACACACAUUCCUAAAAAAAACAUUCACCAAAUAAGGUAUCAGGGGCAGGUCUCAAUAUGUGUGUAUAUACAUAUAUUUUUCUAUCCCUUUGUAAACAACCUCCAGCAGGAGAAAAAUGGCACUCUGUGUUCUCGUGACUCUUUUAUCUAAAGUGAGCAUGUCCCUAACCUAUCGAAGGUACGCUAAUACUUGCUCGUACGAUACAACAAACUCGUGCAAAAAAUUGGGACCUGUUUCUGGGGCCUUCACACCGUACUGUGUGUGACUGAUUUUACUGCACAUACGUGACUAGUAGGGCGGUUAUGUUUGUACGAUUUGUGCUGUUAUGUUCGCAUUCCCCUGCAUUUUUAGAGCACCCUUUUUUGUGGUUUGUUAGGAAGCAACUAGUGCCUCGAACGUAUACUUGUAGGCAGCAAGUUAUAGUCACUAAUGGGGUUGUUGCAGCAAACUGAUUUUUAAUGCACACAAUAAAUGAGAUACACAAAAGUAA